AUGGCGACGACCGUGAAAGGUCUUCUUAAAGGCCUUCGCUACAUAACUCAGAUUUUCGACGAAGAUAAAGACCGUGAUAUGCAGAUCGGGUUUCCGACCGAUGUAAAGCAUGUCGCCCAUAUCGGAUCCGAUGGUCCCGCAGACCAUACGCCAAGCUGGAUGAGUGACUUCAAACCUCAAGAAAGUGAGAAUGGUCAAGUUGUAUCUCGAGGAGAUGCUAACAACAAUCAAAUAGGAGGAGUUGGAUUACAAGAGUUGUUGCCACCUCCCGAGAAACCGAAGCAAAAGAAGACGAGGCGUAAAUCCGAGACGCUGUCACAAAACGGUUCUCCACCUCGGCGAAGCAGCAAUGUAUCAUCAUCAGAUAUGCUACCGAAACACUCGAGACGUCAUCACCGGAGUAGGCACGGGUCGAUGGAUUCAUCGAAUGAUCCAUCAGUCAGGAGAAGGCGUGCUGUCUCAACAACUGCCGACAUGGAAGGUUCUUAUCCUCUUUCAGACAGUUCUACUCAUAGAAAGUCUACAUCACGUGAUAGGAAGCUGAAAGGAUCAGGAGGAGGAGAGCUAUCGAUGAGGAAGACGAAAGCAAAACCCGAGAAUACGACUGUUCAAUCAGUCGAUAAAUGUAAUGAUAAUACCAGCGACAAAGACUAA